AUGUUGGGACUUUCUUCAAAGGGUAGUGGUUGUGGACCUCACAACUUGGUUCCAAGUGGAGCCAUCCGGCUUCUGCAUGAAUCUUAUUAUGAGCUUCAACACCCUCCUCUGAUUUCUUCAUCUCGAGUCAAGGCGAAAUGGCAGCGUCCGCCCUUGGGAUUUAUGAAAAUCAAUCUUGGGGGGCCUUGUCGAGCCGCGACAGGGAUUGGAGGGAUUGGAAUUGUGGCUCAUGACCAUGAAGGCACUUUCCCUGCAUGCUGUUCGGGGGUCUCCAACCUUCUGCAUGCAAAAUUACUACCCUUAAAGGAGGGGCUUUUGUUUGCCCAAAGAUGGCCUAAUGUGCAGCGACUCAUUGAAGGUGAUGGUCAAGGAGUUGUUAAUGUUCUAAGCCAAGUAUCACAGGACUUGUCCCACUUGGGUUGUUUAGUUGACGACUGCAAACGGUUACUAGCACAGCAUGAUAAUAUAUUAUUACAACGUGUGAUGAAGGAGGCUAAUGAAGCUGCUGCAAGACUUGCUAGGGUGGCAUUACACUCUCUUGGGGAUGGCUGA